GCAUCCUAUUCAUUUCAGUGGGCUCCCCUACAUAUGACACAUGUGCUUUCCCAGGACCCUGCAUUCACUAUAUCUGGUCUCCCAGGACCCUGCAUUCACUAUAUCUGGUCUCCCCAUACCCUGCAUUCACUAUAUCUGUUUUCCAAGGACCCUGCAUUCACUAUAUCUGGUCUCCCAGGACCCUGCAUUCACUAUAUCUGGUCUCCCCGGACCCUGCAUUCAGUAUAUCUGGUCUCCCUGGACCCUGCAUUCACUAUAUCUGGUCUCCCAGGACCCUGCAUUCAGUAUAUCUGGUCUCCCAGGACCCUGCAUUCAGUAUAUCUGGUCUCCCCGGACCCUGCAUUGACUAUAUCUGGUCUCCCAGGACCUUGCAUUCAGUAUAUCUGGUCUCCCCGGACCCUGCGUUCACUAUAUCUGGUCUCCCUCGGACCCUACAUUCACUAUAACUGGUCUCUCUGGACCCUGCAUUCACUAUAUCUGGUCUCCCUGGACCCUGCAUUCACUAUAUCUGGUCUCCCAGGACUCUGCAUUCACUAUAUCUGGUCUCCCUGGACCCUGCAUUCA